ACAUAUCUUGUAUUGCUACAUAGAAAAACUGAAUGUUAUUUUAUAUCAGCAUCACAUUAUUGUAUUAAGAAUGAAAUUACUUGCCAUAAAGUGGUUCAUUAUGUUUAUAACGAUCAUGUCGAAUCACAAAGUUCAUAGUUUUCGAUGUGAUAGAAGACCGUAUGGAACCACCACACAGUCUUCUCCAGCUGACGGUAGAUUCGUGCUACAGAUUGUUGGUACCCACAAUGCGUACUUGCCAGAUCAACUUUACACUGUUCAAAUAACAGAAACCGAUGGUGCGUCAAGGUUUACUGGGUUCAUGAUAUCAGCGGAAGGAGACUUGAAGCCAGAUCCGCGAAACCCUCGCAGGAUGAUCACCCAAUAUCCUGGGGAGAUUCGUCCGCAAACUUCAAAUACUGCGAAGUACAGUGACCGAUGCUUAUAUUCCGUGGAACACACAAUCGCUUCUUUAAAAAAUUCUGUUGAGGUGUAUUGGAAAGCUCCUCCAUCAGGCAGUGGCUGCGUCACUCUCCGCGCCAUGGUAGCGGAAAAUGACAAUGUUUGGUUUGAAGAUGGGUCGCCGUUGACUCUACGCGUCUGCGAAGAUACAAGGCAACCAGACGAUCUCUCCCUACAGUCAAAUUACAACUGCCAAGUCUGCGAUGAAGCUAAAUAUGAGAUUUCUUUCACGGGGAUAUGGUCACGUAACACGCACCCACGGAACUUCCCGGAGAACGAUUGGGUUCCAAAAUAUAGUGACUUAGUUGGAGCUUCCCACACCGCAGAUUUUAUUUUGUGGUCUCCCGGUACCGUCGCAACUGACGGCUUACGGCAACUGGCUGAGCAUGCAAAUUCCAGCAAGCUUGAAGAAGAAAUUUUAGAAAAGGUAGGCGAUGGAGUGCGUACAUUAAUAAAAGGUAAAGGACAUGGCGACCUAAAGAUGAAUAUGCCGACAUACGCAUUUUUCCGGAGUGACAAAGAUAACCACAUGAUUAGUGUGGCAGUGGGAAUCUACCCUUCACCGGACUGGUUUCUUGGCAUUGCGAGGUUUGAGCUAUGUCAAGAAGAUAACACUUGGCUCCAGGAGAGGGAGUUAAACUUGUUCCUGUGGGAUGCUGGUACUGACAGCGGUGUUUCUUAUGAAUCAGCGAAUAUUGAGACAUUCCCACAAGAUGCAGUAAAUAGGGUACAAAUGAGCUCUUACGACAAAAACUCUCCUUUUUAUGGUAUAGACAUAAAAGACGUGCAUCCGUUUGGAAUACUCAGCAUUAGACUUGUUAAAACAUACCACAGGGAAUGUGAGGAAACACCAGAAGGAGAAGAGGGUGGGGAAGAUUCCACGGGCGAAGAGGAAAAAUCUGAAGAAGAAAAUGGUGAAUCAAAUGGCGCUGAACCUGAAGAACCUUCCAGGUAUCAAAACCCAGACCUAGAUAGCAGCGACGACGGGGGUUCGGAAAUAGUUCCAAGCGUAGACCCUGAAUCUUCAGAGGAUUGUCCAAUGACACCUUGGGAAGAAUGGAGCCAGUGUGAAGGAAUUUGUGAGAACAACAAGAUCAAAGGGCUCAAAUGGAGGGUGCGAAAUCAUAUAACACCUCAUCAUGGAGAAAUUCCAAAAUAUUGCAAAAAUCAUUUCGAAACCUUUGAAAAUAUUGAGUGUGAAGAAAAAUGUUCGGUAAAUGAAGAUGAUAUUGCUGCCCAGAAGAGAGUUAUGGUACCUACCCGUGGUAUCUGGUAAAAAAAUAUGGUCGAAGAAAAGAGAUCUACCUAAAAUAACAAAUAAGAAUAAUUCAUUCAAUGUAAUCUAGGUAUUAAUCUAAACUGUUGUUAUUCCGCAGUAGUAAGUAUGUGAAUUACCUAUCAGCUCUUAAGUAAGUGGUCUAUAAAAUGAUGUCUCUGAAGUCUAAAUAGAUUACAUUUUUAUUGGAAAA